AUGAUUGUUGCUGAUAGAGACGGUGUAGAUAAGAAUAUUCAUGUGCUGAUCUCUCAAGUUUUGGGUAUUGAACCUAAGACUAGUGUUAUGCAGGAUGUUUCCACAUCCUUGGCCCAACUUGAUAACACUACUGAAACCCCUCUGGAUAAAUUUGAUGUCAAUAGGUCUACUCAGUCUCCUGAAAAAUCAAAAGACAAAGAGGGUCAUGAUGGCAUGUCUGGUGAUUUAGCUAACAAAGAAGAAAACACUAUAGAUAAGAAGGAUCAAUCUAUAUACAUAGUGAAUAUAGAUGAUUUGAGAAUAACUAAUGUUGGGCCUACAAAAGGAUGGAGCAAGGUUGUCACUCAUAUCUCCAAGAAGAAAUCCUUAAAGAGGAACGAAGUCCCAUCUGGAUUUAGGGAAUCUGGCUAUGAUGUCAAACACAAUGUUCAAGACAUUGUUUCUGCUACAAGAAAGCAAGCUUUUGGGAAGAAGAUUCCAACAAAUGUUCCUGAAGUUCCAAUUGAAAACAUCUCCUUUCACUUUGUGGAUAAUGUAGAAAAAUGGAAAUUUGUUUACCAAAGAAGAUUGUCGUUGGAAAGUGAACUUGGAAAAUAUGCUUUUGAAUGCAAAGAAGUGAUAAGUCUAAUUCAAGAAGUCGGAUUAAUGAAAAGUGUGAUUGGUUUUGGCAAGUGUUAUGAAAUGCUUGUUAAAGAAUUCAUUAUGAAUAUCUCUAAGGAAUGUAAUAACAAGAGAAGUAAAGAGUUUAGAAAAGUGUAUGUAAGAGGAAGGUGUGUGUAUUUCUCUCCUGAAAUCAUAAAUAGGUUUUUGGGCAUAAAUGAAGAAGAACAAGCUGAAGUGGAAGUUUCUGACAAUGUCAUUUGA